CAAAUAAUACUGAGAAUCGGAGCAGGUAUAUUAUUAGAACUCCUAUGGUCCUUGCUAUUGCAGCCACAGAGCCUGAUUGUCGACUACCAGAGGUUAUUGCAGCCAUGGAACCUGAACAUCACAAUCAAAGUCCCUACACUGUCGCUGCAGCUAUGAAACCUUCCUAUCUGCAUUGA